UCUGGAAUAAAUGACAGCGGCUCUCGCACUGCGGAGGCGCCGCAGGCCCGCAUCCAGGUGCGCCCGCACAUCUGUCGGAUGCUGAGAGACGCAGCGCCGCGCGCGGUUCCGACAUCACGUGAACCACAAGGACCUGGUUUAGCUGCUCGGGGAUCUACAGCGUCUCUCGUCUUCUCCUGGACUGUGGAUCUAACGAAGCCUUCAAGACGGAGGGGGUGGUGGAGCAUCGAGGCAAAAGCAGGGCCAACAUGAGGGAGCGGGACUUCAUGCCCACCAUGGAGCGGGGCAAACCGGCCACCUACACCGGGGACAAGAAGGCGAAGAUGGCUGCUAAGACCAACAAGAAGUGGGUGAGACUGGCCACCGUCUUUGCCUACGUGUUGUCCGUGUCCUUAGCAGCCAUCAUCCUGGCCGUCUACUACAGUCUGAUCUGGAAGCCGACCAGCUCAUCCUCCUCGGCGGGGAGGCAGCCGGAGCUGCCCGGGGAGCCCCCGACCUCCGCGGCCAACACCUCCAGCAGCGCCCCCGCCGACUGGAACUCCACACAGACUGCGCCGCUCUCCGUCAACAGAACCGGGCCAGGCUCUCGGGACAGACACCUUUACGUGUCCUCCGAGGUGGACAGUGUGGUGCGCGCCGCAGAGGAGCAGGAGACGGAGCACGGUCAGGCAACCAGGGCCGGAUCCCAGAAAAGUCUGCAAAGAGGCUGAUGGCUCGGAAACCCCCCCCCCCCCCCCCCCCCCUCAUCAAGCCGUUUUAACGUUCAGACGGACAGAACAUCUAAUAAGAUCCAAAUUCUAUUUACAGGGCUCAUCCUCAAUUAACCUGCCCUCAUAACAUCAGUUCAUAAAAUGAGAGUUGAGGGUUGUUGUUGUUGUUGUUGUUGUUGUAGCUACCAUCCACCAGCAGAGGGCGCACAUGACUGAUUCCGUGAUUCAAGUCAUUUUCUGUGAGAUAAAAUAAUUGUCAUAUUUGUUGUUUAAUUGGCUAAAAUAGUCAUGUUGAUCACUUAAAAACACAGUCUUAAAUCUCUCACCAUGAAAUUCACAGUAAUUUAUGUUUUAUAUUAAAAUCAGAAAUGUCACAUUUUGAGCUUCCAAAGUUUAAAUUCUGACAACUGGAAUUUGUUCAACCUGAUCUGUGACAGCGUCACAAAAAGUCAUGUAAUCUAUGAGUUCGUGAAACAUUAUUUUGUGAAGGCAUCACAAAAUAUGGGGUGACACGGGGUUAGCAUCGAAAAUAGUGAACUAAAUUUGAAUGUGUCAUUAAAAACGAGGCACAUUUAUACAGAAAUAAAGCGUGAGACGGGGCUUGUUUAUCUCGUCAUAAUUCCAAAUCGAACUCAAAGUUAUAAUUUCAAAAUGUAAUAGAAGUCUGAAGUUCAUCAAAAUUAAACUUAUAUUGAAUUUUCGUGAUUCAAUCAUCUGUAAAAUUGAUACGUAUGCCCCCCCCCCCAAAAAAAGCCUUCUGACUUCUCACCACCUUGAAUUAUUUGUGUCAAAAUUCAGUUUUAUCUAAAACAAUUUUGCUCAAUUCGUGUUGUGAAUGCAGAAUGUGUUGCGUUGUAUUCAUCAGGUAUCUCCGCCUUGAUUCCACGACUACGUUGGUUUUCAAACGUGGUAGUUUUUUGAGUGUUUUGGCUGUAGCGUUCAUGCUAACAUGUAGCCGGCAUUUGUUUUGCUGAGUCCGACCUCGUCAGAUUAAUUACAGCUCUGUGGAUUUGUAGCAACUGGUCUGGAACCCGCUGGACGUUAAAACGGCUCGCGAGCAUCACCUCAAGAACUGAUCCAAUAAGGCCUUUGCAGACUCGGUGCCGCAGGUCGGAUACAUUUUGCAGAGCCCUUUUUUGGACCAGCACAGGCUUCAUGCAUAUUAAAUCUUUUAUCUCAUGGCUGAGAAACGAGGACCCCCCCCCCAACACGGAUGAGUUUUUGGGGUUCUGUGUGUUUGCCUUAAAGCUGUUUGUGCGUCCUGUCUUUACCUCGGACAGCUUCGAGGACAUUUUGUCAAACACAAGCUGCAGAGACGCUUUUGGACAUGAUUAAUCCGUCACAGCCUCCUUUAAAUCAGCACCGCAUUAACCGCAUUUAGCCGUACUUCCUGUUAAACCUGGAUUCCCAGUAGAAUAAUCUGCAUUAUUGAGUUGUGCUCAGGUAUGUGCAUAUAAUUCUGAAAAUGCAUUGUGUACACAUAUAGGACAGGCAUAUAUCGUUUGGCCUUGAUGAAAUAUGAACCUUUAGUGUAAUUAGAUCAUUUUUGAGGUAUCAAUUGUGGCUAUAUCACAUGGU